UUAUAAUAGAAAAUAAAUUAGUGAGUGAGAGACAGAGACAGAGACAGAGACAUAUAUAUGUUUUCCCAUUCAGACCCAUAUAGAAAGCAAUGACCAAAACCUUAAAAGACUUCUCCGCCACCACUCUUCGUGUCGCCGCCGUCACCAAUGUCGUUAAAUCUCCGUUAGUUUCUCACUCUCUCCGCCGCCGCACCAAUGUCUCACUCUCGCUCCUCCACUUCUGCUACUAACUUGUACUGCGCCGAGGACGCAGACAGCGUCGUAUCAUGGGAAGCUGGUAAUAACGACGACGACGACGACGACACGUGGAUCUCAUCCAAUCACCGUCCCUCCUCCUCCUCCGAUGAUGGUUUCGAUAUUGCCAGAGUCUUCGAGUCGGAGCCCCACCACAUGCCCCGCCCGGAUUACCUCUCACGCUGUCGUGACCGCUCCAUCGACGUCACCGCUCGCCAAGACUCCAUCAACUGGAUCUUAAAGGUGCACGCUUAUUAUCACUUCAGACCCGUAACGGCGUUUCUGUCUGUGAACUACUUAGACCGUUUCCUCUCAUCGCAUUCUGUAUCGCAGCAACAACCAAAUGGGUGGCCAUCUCAGCUGCUUUCGGUGGCAUGUUUGUCAUUAGCGGCCAAAUUGGAAGAGCCCGAUGUGCCACUCAUAUUAGACCUACAAGUAUCGGACGCCAAGUACGUGUUCGAACCCAAAACGGUUCAGAGAAUGGAGCUCCGAGUCCUGUCAUUUCUCAAUUGGAGAUUACGCUCCGUCACUCCCUUCGAUUUCCUCCCCCAUUUCAUCUCCAACCUCCCUUCCACUUCUAAACCCCACUCCUUCAAUCGGGUCUUCUCCGCUUCUUCGGAUCUCAUUCUCAGCACCACCCGAGUUAUAGAUUUUUUGGGUUAUGCACCAUCGACAAUAGCAGCAGCGGCUGUGCUUUGCGCUAGCGGUGAAGCUGGUUCAUCUGAUUGUCCGGUGGUUUUUGAUAAGAGAGUAAACAAAGAAAUGGUGAGAAGCUGUCACCAACUGAUGGAGGAGUAUCUGAUCGACACGUGUCCUUUAGCUCGCCUUAAAGAGCGGAGAGCAGAGCAGGCGCCGCCUCCAAGCCCAGUUGGCGUGCUCGACGCUGCAGCUUGUGGUAGCUGCGACACGCGUUCCGAGAACCCCAGCUCAACUGGCUUAGUCGAAGCCGAAGCCGAAGCCGAAGCCGAAGCCGAGCCGCCAAUCAAAAGGCUACGAUCCUCUACCCCGGAUGUACAGAAUCGGUAGAUAUAAGGCACCCAAUCAAAAAACAAGCCGUAGUAUUUCUAUCUCUUUUCACAUCUUUUGUCAGAGAAAGAGGUUUUUUUCUUUUUUUUUUUUUUUUGGCUGUCCCUUUUCUACUCGGCAUUAAAUUCUCAUUUUGUUGUUGAGGGUAAGAUGGACGGUCAGGAUAUCAAGAAGGGUUAGGGAAGAGGGAUUUUUCAUUUUUAUCAUCAUCUUAUAUAAUAUUGGAAAAGAAAAAUGAUAUAGCAAAUAUUUUUAGUUUUUAA